AUGAAGCGCAGACAAUCACGACCAGGAGAGGCCCGGCUUACGGGUCGGCCUCAGCAGCCUCCUCUCUACGCCUGUCCUUCUUUUUCUUCUUUUUUCUCUCCUUCUUCUACACAAGAGCUAAAAACUCCUUUUUAUUCUCUUCCUCUUCCUUCUGGAGCGACACUCAUCAAAAAUACAAACAGACAGCCAGCAGCAGGCGCCGCAGUGCACAAGCCUUUCUUCACCAGCAGCAGCAGCAGCAGCAGCAGCAGCAGCAGCAGAAACAACUGCAGCAGCAGCAGCAGCAGCAGCAGAAACAACAGCAGCAGCAGCAGCAGCAGCAGCAGCUUGAAGGUUCUCCCUCCCCUCACGCAUCCCCAGACGCAGCCCCAAGGAGCAGCUCAUCAGCAGCAGCAGCAACACCAGCAGCAGCAACAACACCAGCAGCAGCAGCAACAACAAGAACAAAAGCAGCAGCAGCAGCAGCAGCAGCAGCAGCAGCAGCAAGCAGCUUCUCAGACUAUGACUCUGAGCCCCCCACCCCCUUUAUACAAUCACCAAUGCGAGCAGCAGACGCAGCCCCAAGAAGCAGCUCAUCAGCAGCAGCAGCAACACCAGCAGCAGCAACAACGCCAGCAGCAGCAGCAACAACAAGAACAAAAGCAGCAGCAGCAGCAGCAGCAACAGCAGCAGCAGCAGCAGCAAGCAGCUUCUCAGACUAUGACUCUGAGCCCCCCACCCCCUUUAUACAAUCUUCUGCUGCUGCUGCUUUUGCUGCUGCCUCUCUGCAGCAGCAGCAGCAGCAGCAGCAGCAGCAGUAUCGCCUCAGCGAGCUGCUGCUGCAGCCGCGGGGGCGCGUACUACACCCUGUUUAUAUAUUAUCUGAUUACGCAGCAGAAGAGAAAAAAAAAGAAAAAGAAAAAAAAGAAAAAACAAAAAAAGAACAAAAACAAACACAAACAGAAACAGAGUAUAUACAACAGCAGCAACAUAAACCUAUCAGCAGCGCAAGAAGCAGCAGCAGCACCAGAAGCAGCAGCACAGCAGCAGCAGCAGCAGCAGCAGCAGCAGCAGAGCAGAGAUAGAGAAAGCAGCAGAAAUGUGUUUGUCUCCUCUCCCUUCUACACUGCAGCAGCAGCAGCAGCAGCUGGCAGCAGCAGCAGCAGCAGCAGCAGCAGCAGCAGCAGAAGCAGCUGCAACACUCAGGAAGCGCAGCGGCUUACCGAUUGCUUCCUCCGCCUUGAGGGUUUUGUUGAGCCCCUUAGUCGGCCCAAGGCAGCAGCAGCACCUGCUGCUGCUGCUGCUGCUGCUGCUGCUGCUCCUGCUGCUGCUCCUGCUGCUGCUGCUGCUGCUCCUGCUGCUGCUAAGAAAAGCAAUGCCUCCUUGCUGCUGCAGCGGUCAGCUGUUCUGCCCCCCAAACCUGCUGCUGCUGCUGCUGCUGCUGCUGCUGCUCCUGCUCCUCCUCCUCCUCCCCCUCCCCCUCCUCCUCCUGCUGCUGCAGCAGAGCCAGCAGCAGAAGCAAAACCACCAGAAACGCCACCUUCUCCGCCUGCUGCUGCUGCUGCUGCUGCUGAGGAAGAUGAAGCAGCAAAAGCAGCAGCAGAAGCAGCAAAAGCAGCAGCAGAAGCAGAAGCAGCAGCAGCAGCAGCAGUAGCAGCAGCAACACCGCCUCCGUCUCAGCUGCCUGCGGCUCUCUCAAGGCUGCUCUCGCGCUCGACCACUGGUCCCUCACCUGCUGCAUCAGCAGCAGCAGCAGCAGCAGCAGCAGCAGCAGAAGCAGACAAGCCUGCUGCUGCUGCUGCUGAACCCCCUAAGGAAGAACCACCAGAAGCAGCAGCAGCAGCAGCAACAGCAGCAGCAGGAGAAGAGACGCAGACAAGCCUGCUGCUGCUGCUUCUGAACCCCCUAAGGAAGAACCACCAGAAGCAGCAGCAGCAGCAGCAACAGCAGCAGCAGGAGAAGAGACGAAAAAAGAGGGGCCCGAGAGUCCUUCUGCGCGCAGCAGGAGCAGCAGCAGCAGCAGCAGCAGUAGCAGCAGCAGCAGCAGCAGGAGCAGCAGCAGAAGCAGCAGCAGAAGCAGGAUAG